AUGGCGGAGACAGCUAGCCUUGUUGUUGGCGUUGUUGCUCUCGCUGGAUUAUUCAACAACGCCGUUCAGUGUUUCGAGUAUGUCCAACUGGGCCAUGGGUUCGGCUCCAACUUUCAAAUAUGCCAGCUCAGGCUAGACAGCGCUCAACUCCGUCUAUCGCGAUGGGGCAAGUCGCUGGGCUUAGACGUCACGCAACCCCAGCAAACGCUGCCCGAUUUCCCUGUGCCCCCGGCAGAAAUCAAACUUGCAGAGCGGCUUCUAGGGCAGAUUCUAGAGUCAUUUGAAACUGCUAGGCUUCGUUUAUCCCAAUUCAAAGGGCGAGCAAGUCCUAAUGAUAAUGAUGAUGAUGACGAUGGUAAUCUCGCAACUUUCGACUCCCAAACCCACCUAGAACCGGCCAUUAAAGACGCCCACAACGAUAUGCGCAAGUUAACGAUUAAUACCCAGAAGCGAGCGACCCUAAAACAGAAGACUAAAUGGGCGCUGUAUGAGGAAAAUGCGUUACGGCAGCUUAUCGAUAAUAUUACGAGGUAUAUUGACGACUUGACCAUCUUAUUUCCUGCUGCUGAACCACGCCAGCAACAGCUUUGCAAAGCCGAGGCCUCGAAUAUCAAAGAACACGAAGACGGAACACACCUCUUAAGGGAGAUUGCCGCCCGGCAAGACAAGCUACUAGAGGCAAUGCUCGUAAAAUCCAGCAACAACAACCCGAGGCCACAAGUAAUCAACAUAAAUGUUGUAUUUUCCGGAUCUAACAACAAAGGCAUUCAAAUCGGAAGCAACUCUGGUAUACAAAACUUUGGUAACGUGACGUUCAUAAUGGACCAUCCUACUAUCAGUGCAUAUUUCUCGGGGGAUGAAAAUAAAGCGUUACAGUUCGGCCAUAAUUCCGGUACCGUCAAUCACGACGUUCACCACCACUAUCAAGGAUCACGGCCGGAAACACCACCUGAACCUAGCUGCAAAAUUCCCUUUGAUCGUGACAAAGAAGGCUUCGUCGAUCGAGAGACAAUAUUCGAUGAGAUCAAAGAGAAAUCCGAAGCACCAGGUUCUCGGAUUGCCCUUGUCGGCAUUGGGGGUGUCGGGAAAUCUCAAAUCGCUAUUGAAUAUGCCUACCGUAUCAGAGAUCGGCUACCUGACACUUGGAUAUUCUGGAUAUAUGCGAGUAACUCUGUGCGUUUUCAGGAAAGUCUUGAGAAAAUUGCCGAACACGCAAAGAUUCCUGGCCGGGACGAUCCGAAGCAAGACAGCUCGAAGCUCGUUUAUCGCUGGCUUUGCGAUGAAAAGAGAAAAUGGGUUAUCAUCCUGGACAAUGCUGAUGACCUCGACUUUCUCGAAGACGUUUCCACUGAGGGUUGCGGUGACGACAAGAGGUUAGGCAAAUACCUCCCUAAAACACAGAGUGGCUCAGUCAUUGUCACGAGCCGAAGCAGAGGAACUGCAUCCGACCUCGUCGAUGACAAGUAUGUUAUCAACGUUGAUCCGAUGGACGAAACACACGCUAUCGAUCUGUUCCGAAAGAAGCUGCCCAAGCCAGACGAUGGACAUGGCGAUAAACAGAUUGCAGAAUUGGCAGCAGAACUCGAGUACUUACCUCUCGCAAUUGUCCAGGCUGCGUCCUAUAUCUCUCAUAAGGCGCCGCGCUGUUCAGUCCAAGAAUACCUUGAUGACUUUAGGAAGAGUAAGGCUGAUGGGAAGCUGAGGCUCCUCGGCGAGACGAGACGAGACCAGCGACGCGACGAGGAAGCAGUCAACCCUAUAAGCGAUACGUGGAAGAUAUCAUUUAAUCACAUCCGAAGGACAAGGCCGUCGGCAGCAGACUUAUUGGCGCUCAUGUGCUUCUUCGAUCGGCAAGGAAUCCCCGACUUUGCCCUCCCGCUUCCACGGAAAAGAGGCGAGAGAGGGCCGCAGAACAAAGACGACCCUAGCGAUAGCACGCCAUGGCCAGCUGCUAGAGAUAUAUCAUUCGAGAACGACAUAUCGACUCUCAGAGACUACUGUUUCAUCUCUAUUAGGAUGCGCCGGGUGUUCGACAUGCACAGGCUGGUGCAGCUGGCCACCCAGCAAUGGCUCCGUAAUAAUGAGUCGUUUGAGCGCUGGCAGGGAAUAUUCAUUUCUCGGCUUGCCUUGAAGUUCCCGUCAUCAUAUGAAAAAGAGGGAUGGAGCCGUUGCCAGCAGCUAUUUCCUCAUGUGAAAUACAUAGUUAGUCACAAAUCUCUAAGAAAAGAGAGUGUGUCUUGCUGGGCCAACCUCCUAUGUAAGGCGGCAUUGUACGCGUAUCAAAGGGGAAAUUAUGCUGACUCGGUGACAAUGUCAACGACGGCGAUGGACGUGAGCAAAGCGACCCUUGGUGAACAAGACCUAACCACUUUGACCUGCCAGGUAGUUGUGCGGUUCAUCGAACCUCACACGACCGAAGACAUCGAGAAGUUGCCUAGCAAGGAGAGUGGUGCAGGGCGGUGGUGGGAAAAGACCUGGGCAUGGCUCACCCGGUCAAGUUCUGCUCUACUAACGGAAGAGGAAAGGGGCUGGUUGAAAGCGGUAGAGCAUAACAGGCGAAAAUUUGGCCCGCAUCACCAGCUUACCCAUUUCGCCAUGACCACCUUAGCGUUAACAUAUUCUCUCAACGGGCGACACAUGAAGGCAGAGAAACUACUGCUCAAGGUGGUGAAGUUAGGCACAGAGGCCCGCGGGUUCAAGGAUCAAGAUACGCUCAAAAACAGAGGCAGAUUAGCAUGGGUAUAUCAACACCAAGGCCGUCUUGUGGAGGCUGCAGAGCUACAGGAGCAAGUAGCAAAUGUAAGCAUGGUGGUCAACGGUCCAGAGCACCGAGAUACCCUGGGAUAUAUGUCUGACUUGGCGUGGAUACAACUUCGUCAAGGCCGUCUAGAGCAGGCUGGACAGCUAUGUACACAGGUACUAGAAUCGAGCAAGAGAGUCAACGGCCUUGAGCAUCCAGAUACAAUAGAGGUUAUUGGCGAGUUGGUAGGGAUAUACCUUCGUCAAGACCUGCUGGAGCAGGCUGAACGGCUAUGCACAGAGGCAGUAGACUUGAGCAAGAGGGUUUUUGAAGAGGGCGAUGAAAGAACACAGCGCUACAUCAGCUUGCUUGAUAAUUUGCAGCGCUUCAAAGAGAUGGAUCCGGAAUCCCGCGUGAAAUCCCUCUCCAAGUUAAAUACACUGUAA